UUCUAAAUUAAGAAAUCGGAAAAUCCGUGUAUGCGAACUGUAUUGCAACUCCGAAGACUGAAACAAAUCCUGUCCUGUGGUCUUUUCAUCGAACGAAAGAGUAAGAACCUACUUCUGGGUUUUGCCUGUCAGUUCUGGUUAUUUGAAGCUGACACUGACUCGACCAGCGACGUAGAAGAUAACUCCUUAUUCUCACUUCGUCUCCCUGACAAUAAGAGAACUUAAACGAAAAACGAAACGGGUGAAUCUUUAAUCAUGACAAGUCUAUCAGACCAAGACAAAGACGUCCUGCAGGAGUUUAUUGGCGACGGUCCCAAGUGCUUCACCAAGCUGUACAGCGCAAAGGAAAACGGGUGUUCAGCAAUAGCUUUUCACCAGAGGUGUAAUAACCGCGGACCGACACUGACCGUGGUCUACAAUGAGGAUGGACAUGUGUACGGGGGGUACACCUCGAUCAGCUGGCAGUCAACCUCCAUCCAAAAGGUAUACGACAAAAAUGCUUUCCUCUUUUGCCUCCGAGGAGAUGGCGAGGAACAGGGGAAAAAGUUUCCCAUAAGGAAAUACGAAUCGGCCGUUGUAUAUGAGGAACAAUUUGGACCCACCUUCGGGAGUGGUCCUGACCUGGGGGUAUUUACUGGAACCAUUACCAAAGAAGACGAUGGCACUUUCUCUCUCAACUCCAAAAUGGCCGCGGAAAGUUUUGAUCACAUGCCGGUGUCGUUGGGGGACCUGACCAGCACUGAUAUCUCCGUGGUGGAUGUUGUCGUUUACAGCGUAGAAGAUUUCAGGCAGAAUGUCAUGGCACAGCAGUGGAGAGAUGAACCUAAGUUCGACAAACAGUACCUGAACACUCUCUUGGACGACGUGGAAUCCUAUUGGCCACUGAAGGAAUUUGGCGUGCCCGAGGAAGCUCUCCAGCACGUUAAUAUUCUCUUAAUUGGACCAAUCGGCGCCGGCAAAUCCAGUUUCUUGAACUCUGUGGAAUCUGUAUUCAGGGGUCACGUGUCAAUGAGUGCUGCUGCAGGAAGUAGAGGGAAAAGUGUAACGUCUAUGUAUCGCCAAUACCCGGUCACUGCGUCUGACAAUAGACAUUAUCUUCACUUCCAAAUGUGUGACUGCAGGGGUCUGGAAGAUGGAUUUAGUCUAAACAAGGACAUCGAAGGCAUCCUCGACGGACACGCGCCCAAUAACUACAUUUUUAACUCGUCUUCGGCAUUGACGAGCAAGGCUCAUGGCUACAUACGGGACCCUAAGCUGAAGGAUAAGAUACAUUGUGUGGUGUAUGUGUUGGACUCUGAGAAGUACUCGGCCGAGGUCGGCAUGUCAUUCAUGACGGAGGGAGUGAAGGAACAGAUAACGGAUAUCAUGGAAAAAGUUGACCAGAGAGGUAUACCCCAGUUAAUCCUACUGAACAAGAUAGACAACACGUGCGCAGCCACAAAGGAAAACACUUCGGCUGUAUACCGGAGCGAUCUCAUCAGACAGAGGUGUUUCCAUGCGGCAAACUGCCUGGGACUUCCACCACUUACGGUGUUACCGAUGAAGAAUCACUAUAUGGAACUGACCACGUCCGAUGAGGUCGCUAUUCUGGCUCUCUAUAACCUGCGGCAGAUGCUUAGGUCGGCCGACGCUUACCUGCGAGUCAACUACCUGGACGAGUUGAGACAGGAGAGAUACGAGUCGCAGCUCAGCUAGACGUCAACGCGAAAAGCAACAUCAGCUGGAAUGAAAACUCAGCUGGAACAUUUCUUUAUAAGUAGAUUUCUGGAGUCUAUAGCAUGUAGAUGGUGCUUGAAGCUUAAAUACUGAGUAUAUAUUUACAUGUGUCGUUCAUGCGAGAAUUUUAAAGUAUAUAAAUGACCAGAGAGAAGUAAAAAAGGUCUGAGUACUGUAAAAAGGAUGUGCCUUAGACACAUAUAAGUUAUGCAUGAUGAUGAUAAUGCUAUUAAAAUCAAAAAAAUGGUUUAUAUUAUGAAACUGUGGAUUGAGCGACAGUGAAGGAUAUUGAUAGAAGUUUUUGUUCAGUAACAGGAGAAAGCUGCAACAAAUAGAGCGCAUAUAUAACUUCUUUAACUUAGUCUAUGAAACAGAAAGUUGGAUAGUCUCGCUCAACCAGACGCUUGAUUACUUUGUAAUCUCGGUUCGGAGUAGCUUGCACAGACAACAAGUCUGGUUAAACAAUAAUAUAAAACAGAAAGUUGGAUAGUCUCGCUCAACCAGACGCUUGAUUACUUUGUAAUCUUGAUUCGGAGUAGCUUGCACAAACAACAAGUCUGGUUAAACAAGACUAAAAUUAGAAUAGUCCUGUUGUGGUUGGGGACAGGAAGCUUCCAAGAGGACAUGUUUCGAAGAUAACAGUUUAUGUUGUGUAAAAGCGGCGGGGGUGAGAAGACUGUGUUAUUGUAUUGUAUAUUAUAUCCUAGAAGGCUCAUGUCAGUCUUUAAUAUUUUUAUGGAUUUUUCGAACGUUAUCCAAUUCUUAUUCAGUGAUACCUUUAACGGUAGCAUUGCUGAUCUAGACAGAACAAAUACGAAAGCUGUAUGUGCAUUUAGAAAUAAACCAGUAUACAUUUAUUCUUUUA